AAGUAUAUCCCAAUAACAAUAACAAUCUUUUUCUUGAUUUUGAAAGUGUUUUUAAGAAGGUUUUAAACUUAAGGCGAAAACAUUUGUCUUUGAGGGACAAACCAUGGGUUGAUGUGUUUAAUGCAACUGCAAAUGAGGACUAUAAAACGUAUACCGCUUGUUUAUUGUUGUCAUCCUUGAUUCCCUGCACCAAAAAAAUUGUAUCAGGCAAAGAACAAUGGAAACCAAAUAGUGAUGAUGCUAUUAACGGAAUCAUCGUUAAAGUGGAGAGUAUUGCUGAUAUUAAUGGAGUAAUUGCAAGCAAACAACAGGCGAAUCAAAAAAAUAAUUUGCCGGUUCUUCCCUACAUCGUAGUAGAAAUCCACGAAACAACCGUGAAGCAAGUGGUGGUGGUAGUUAACGACAAUCUGUACAUUGUACCGUCCGUACAAAAAGGUUUAGAUGCAUGUUUUAAAUUUUUUAUAGUAUUGAAUUUUAAAUACCCCCCUGAAUCGGAGCACUUGUGGUACUUUAUACAACGUGCGAUUUAUAAAAUAGAAACAAAAUACGAUCACAAGAUACCUUCUAUUAUAAGCAUUGUUAAUCAGUUAAAUGCCGCAAAGUCCUAACUGCUUAUUUACAAAAAAUUAAUAAAUUAUGGAGAACUUAGACUGUUUGAUAUGCAAAAAAUCAAUUAAUUUCCACGAAUAUACAAACCAUUUAAAGUUUUACCAUAAGUAUCAUGAAAAUUUUAAAUGUGCUAUAUGUUUUCAUUUUUACACUAAUAUCUAUGCUCUCGAAAAGCAUUUAAAAAGGGUUCAUCCAAAUUUACCCGUUAGAACAGAAACAGGACCUCCUGUACCUCUUCAAGACAAUGUAAUCACUCCACCAAAUAAUGUUCUUAAUCAGCACGUUGAAGUAGAAUUACUUAUACCCUCAUUGCCGUCUUUAGACCAACAACAUAAGCUUGUUCAUACAUUUAUAUUAAGUUUAUACAAUAGCAAUAUUACUCGAAAAUUAAUUCAAGAAAUAAUUGAGUACUGUUCCGGUAUGUUUUCCGAUUUUAUUGAUGAAAUAGUAAAUAUCUUAAAAAAUAUUUUGGCCCCUCUUAACAUCACUUGCGAGCUAAAUCAAAUUGUUAGUUUACUGCAGAACAAGAAUCCAUUUCAAAAUUUGACCACCGAAUAUAAAAGGUUGCAGUUUUUUGAACAAAUGCAAUAUCUUGUAAAAUCGAAAAGUUUUUUAAUUGGAUUUCGGCUGGAUAGAUCACGAAACAUUUCAUUUGAGUACAAGAAGUGCGAAGGAGAAAUAGUACCUCUUCGACACGUUUUGAAGUUAUUUUUACAAUUACCGAAUGUGUUUGAAAACAUUAAUAAAUUUAUAAAAACGGAAGAAUCGAUGGCAAACGAAAAUUAUUACAGUUCAGUUUUUAAUGGAAGUUUGUGGGCAAAAUUAAAGGAAACAAAUAGACAGAAACUUGUGUUCCCUAUUCUACUAUUUUUUGAUGACUAUGAAUCUUGCAACCCAUUAGGCACUCAUGCCGGUGUAUAUAAAGUGGGUGCAGUAUACGUAUCCAUUGCAGGAAUUCCUCCUAAGUUUUCAUCACUUUUGGAAAAUAUAUUUUUAUUUGGACUAUUUCAUUCUAAUGAGAGAACGAUAUAUGGAAAUCAAGUAAUAUUCAAACAUUUUAUUCAAGAAUUGUCUUUUUUAGAGAAUGAAGGAAUUAAUAUCGCCAUAAAUAAUCAGCAUUUCCAAAUUUAUUUUUCGCUUAUCUUGAUUUUAGGAGAUAACUUGGGUAUUAAUUCAAUAACAGGUUUCUCUGAAAGCUUUUCUUCUUCAUAUUUCUGUCGAAACUGUUGUAUGUCAAAGGAAGAAGCUAAAGAUGCUCUUAUCGAGGUACAUGAGCAACGAAGGAACUUAGAAAAUUAUAGAGAACAUUCCCAAAAUAAAUCUUACGGAGUUAAAGAAGCUUGUUGUUGGAAUGUAUUACCUAGUUAUCAUUGCACGAUCAACGUCAGUUUUGACAUAAUGCAUGACAUAUUUGAAGGCGUUUGCAGAUAUGAAAUAGGCUUUUUACUAUUUUACUUCAUAAAAACAAAAUCAUUUUUUACAUUAGAGCAAUUAAAUGACAGAAUCAAAUACUUUGAAUACGAAGAUAAAAUAGAUUGUGGAAAUCGCUUUCCGUUAAUAAAAAAAAAUCAUAUUGAAAACAAAAAUUUAAUCUUAAGUGCAAGUGAAAUGUUUGCGUUCUUAACAUAUUUUCCGUGUAUGAUAGGCGAUUUAAUUGAUGUAGAAGACGAAGGAUGGCAUUUAUUUAAACUUUUAUACGAUAUUGUUUACAUUAUCACAAAGAGGGUCACAAAUGACAAUGAAACUAAUUAUUUAAAAUAUAUAAUAAAAGAACAUCACGAAGUAUAUUUAAAUUUGACACAGCAAAAGUUAAAACCAAAACACCAUUUUUUGACUCAUUAUCCUAGCUGCAUAAAAGCUGUAGGUCCUUUACGAUUUCUUUCAUCAAUCCGAUAUGAAGCAUUUCACAAAAUUGGCAAAGAUAACGCGCAUAUAGUCACGUCAAGACGAAAUUUAAUGAAAACGCUUAGUCUCAGACAUCAAUUAAAAUUAUGUUACAGACUUAUGCUCAACAAAGGAUUCGAAGACAAAUUAGUUUUAGGUCCAGAAAAUAAAGAAAAUGUUAACUAUAUAACCAUCCAAAAAUGUUUUAAUGGUCAAACAAUAUCUGCAAGUCCGGUAUAUGUUGAUUUUAACGGUAGACGCUAUAAGAUAAAUAGUUCUCUUCAACUCUCUUCAUCUGAUAUAUUUCCAACAUUUGUGCUAAUUAGGCAUAUUAUAUGCGACACUAACAAAAAUAUUAAAUUUGUGUGUUCGCCUUUAGAUUUGUACGGGUUUUCGCAACAUUUUCAAGCUUAUUCAAUAAAGCUAAGUUCUUCCAUAAAUGAAUUAGUAAUUUUAAAUUUAAGUGAAAUAACAGAUGAAGUAACGCUCGCUUUGCAUCGAAAUGGAAGUGAGACGUUCAUUGCUAAAAAAAAUUAAAAAUAAUGCUACACUUUUUGUUGCACUCAUUGUUUGUUGCG